UUUGAGUUUAAUAUAAUAUUAAUUAUUAUUAUUACUAAAAGUGGUAUAAAAAAUAUACGCUAUACUUUUGUAUUGUAAAAACACUAAUUGAGCUUAAGUAAACAUUCAAGUUUUGAUAUUCGAGUUAACCGUAUUAACUGUCACUAAGUUACCUAUAAAUUAAUUACAUAGUUUUCUAUAUUAUAUAGAAAAAGAAUAGAGUUGAUCUGAGUACAGUAAUAAUAGUGUUUGUACAUUGUUAUAAUUAAUUGGAACUUUGGUUUAAUUUUUGUAAAAAUAAUCCUCAAAAGUUGGGUAGGUAAUUGGUAUUUAUAAUGCUUGCAAAAAUGUUCAAGAUUUAGACUUAUUACGAAUUGUUUUUUUUCUUUCGUUGACCAUCUUGAUAUGAAAUGCUUAAACUUCAAAUACUUUCUGGGAUGAAGGGGAAAAAGGAUCAGGAAUCAGAAACAAAUGACAAUGUAUGUCGUGAUUUCAUGCGCAAUGUGUGCAAUAGAGGCAAAUCUUGCAAAUUUUUUCAUCCUCCUGUCGAAGAGGAUAAGCGCAAAUAUGUAUUUUGCCAUGACUUUCAAAAUGGCAAGUGUAGUCGACAUGACUGCCGUUUCAUUCAUUGUUCUCGAGAGGAUGAGGAGUAUUAUAAUCGGACCGGACGUAUGGCACCAGAAGUGUUGAGAACAAUUGAAAUAACUGGUGCGCCUCCUUCUGAUGAUAUACCUAUUUGUAAAGAUUAUUUAAAAGGCAAUUGCCAUCGUAGCCAAGCUCAUUGUAAAUUUCGUCAUGUAGAUCAACCACUUGAUGUACCUGUUAGAGGUCCUAAUGGUCCUUUCAAUUCACCCCAGCCAGCGAUGCCACCUAACUUCGGUAAUGAGUUGUUCCGCAGACGCUUUGAUUUUGAUGAAGAGCCCGAUCCCAAGCGUAGGCGCUACGAAUUUGACAACAGAAUGCCGCUAGGGCGCCCAUUCCCCAAUCGCGACAUGGACUUUUCCGCGCCACCUGGGCCUGUGCAUCAACAGCCUUAUUGGCUGUUGCAAGAUGAGGUGGAAAUGUUGCGCAAGCGUGUGGCUGAGUUGAAAAAGCGCAAUGAGGAAUUGCAAGCGACUAACGAAUUUUUGUUGGAGCAAAAUGCACAGCUGCGCAUAAAUGAACAAGCGCCCCUACGCAGCACCCAGCAAAUGGUGAGCGCUAUACGCACCGUGACCACAGUCCCAGUCAGCUUGGCGGCGGUGGCUGCGGCCGGCACACCCGUGUCCAUAGCUACCGUCUCCAUGGCUCCAAUUCAGAUACCACCUGUUGUAUCUGGAUCUGGCCCGCCGCCCCUGCCGCAGCCAACUAACUCGCAGCCUUUGGUAUCUUAUCCUAUUGGCAGAUCGACAUCGGCCCAACACUAUAUCCAACCUUUAUGAACAGAGAAAAUGGAAACGUUGCUAAUAAGAAUUUUACAUUAACAAAACAAAGAAUGUACAAUUUAUGUUACAAUAAUAGAAUGUAAGAAAUACUUUUUUUUAAAUUUGAAUACCAAUAUAUUUUUGAUAUUGGAAAUAUAAAUGUAUAAAUUUAAUAAAACAAAUGUAAUUUAAUUCAUAUUCUUAAGCCAUUUGAAUUUUUAUUAUAAAUGUUAAAACAAAACAUUUGUUUUCUGAUGAAUAACACUAUUUGAAUUGCUAUUAAACUGUACAAAUUAGACAUUUAUAAAAUUUUAGUUAAGUAACACCGUUGAUUUUUCUUAUCAUAAUAUAUUGUUCGUUUAUAUUACGGUGAAGGUCCAUGAAAAUCAAUCUUUUAAAGCAAUACAUUGGUUUAAUGUAAAUAAAAUAUUUAGUAGAAAACAAAAAUUUAUCAUAGUGUCAUACUGACUUUUGUAUAUUUUAUUUUUCACCUUCAUUUCCUCUCAAUUAAUAUUUAUUUUGCUAAUGAAGGCUUACUAUUUGUAUUAGUAAUUACCCAUCUAUUUGUUACUAUAUUAUUUAAUAAUAUGAAGUACUACUAAUGUUUCCUUAUCUGAUAAUACAACAUGAAAUUAAUUUAUACAAUUUUAAACAGAUAUAUUCUAAAACUAUCACUUCUCCAUCAAUAAUUAAUUGUAUGUAUCACUGUGUCAAAGCUUUUAAUAUUAAUAAUAAAUAUCAUAAUUGGCAUAACAAUUUUGUGAGUUGUGUACAAUUUUAAUUUUUAAUAUAUUUUUUCUUUUUGCACCUGCUACUUUUAAAUGUAAAUCAUUGAUUUUUAUUCUAAUUCAUAAUAUUCUUAUUUAAAAAUAUAUUAUUUGAUUUUAA